GCGGAAGUGCCCCAUCCCUCCCUUCCCCAUCCCCCCGUACCUCCUCCCGGUCAUCUCCUCAACUCAGCACCACUUUUUUUCCGUUUUAUUUUAAAUGUUGAAAUUUGACUGUACAGGAUAAGCUUUGUGUCUGACGGUAAACUUUUUGAAGCGGUGUAUGAACAAUGUUGAACACCACUUUUUGGGGACAACCCUGUCCCCACAAUCUUCAACUGGAUCAAGCAUGUCUUGAGGUGUAUUCAUCAAUACCAAACAGAGUAGACUUAUGGCACCAAUAUGUAGAGUGUUCUGGGUGCGACGGUGAGCUCUGGGCCACCAUUCCGGCCAAUGGGACUGCCGCAUUCCUUACCGACACUGCAAUCCGUAGUUUCUUCUACUUCACUAUAGGAAAAGACCAACACUACUGCAACACAACUGAAAAAUUUGAUGAAUAUGGUAUCUAUGGCUGGAACAUUACCAGCGGAAGCUGUACGAGUGUUUGGACAAUAAAACCGCCUUCUACCCAUUUCUACUUACCCAUUACAGUAGCUUUUUUUGUGUAUGUCAUCGCUGCUAUCUUAAUGUGUGUAGCAAAAUGUGUCUACCAGCAUGAAUGGUCUGCCAGAGCUUGGCUCUUAAAUGUUGCAUUUACUGAGCUUGAAAAUGAUUUAGGCCCACCAGAGUCAAGAGAAAAUUCUCCUAAUACCGGCUCCCGUUUGGGAAACAAUAGAAGACAGAUAAACACACGCAUACAGUCUUUGGAUACCUUUCGGGGGAUUUGCAUAGCUAUGAUGAUCUUUGUUAAUUAUGGAGGAGGACAAUACCGCAUUUUUCGGCACACUCCUUGGAAUGGCAUGACGAUUGCUGAUGUUAUAUUUCCAUGGUUCUUAUGGGUAAUGGGAAUGUCCCUAGUCCUGUCAUUGAGAUCACAACUUAGAAGUGACCGCUCUCGAUAUUCAGUGUGGCUCACUGCACUACGCAGAUCUCUGAUGCUUAUUGCCCUGGGCCUUCUGUUGAAUUCCUUUGGACACCUCCACAAUGAUCUUUCUAAUUUCCGGUAUGGUGGAGUGCUCCAGAGGCUGGGGGUCAGCUACUUCAUUAUAGCUUCUGUCGAAACCAUUUUUAUGAAUUUGCAAGGACCCUCAGAGUAUGGUUUGCUCUUGGACAUCUUAGAUGGUUGGGUUCAAUGGAUAUUCGCACUGGGUUUUGCCGGUGCAUGGAUGAUGAUCACGUUUCUGGUUGAUGUGCCUGACUGCGGCCCUGGAUACUUGGGCCCGGGAGGAAUGCAUGAUCAUGGGAAGUACAUGAAUUGCACAGGUGGAGCAGCUGGCUAUCUUGAUCGAUUGAUCCUACAACCCAAUCACAUGUACAAACAUCCGACUUGUAAAAAAAUAUAUCAAACCAUCCAGCCCUAUGAUCCUGAAGGUCUUCUGGGAACAUUGACUGCUGCAUUUCUAGUUCAUCUUGGGGUUCAUGCCAGCAGAGUAUUGCUAUGUUAUGACUCCUCAAAGUCUCGUAUUUCUCGAUGGAUUGCUUUUGGAUUUGUGACUGCCAUGGUGGGUGGAAUGCUUUGCGGCUUCUCCUUCAAGGACACUGGUCACAUUCCCAUUAACAAGAAUCUAUUUUCUCUGUCUUUUGUUUUGUUGACUGGAGGAUUUGCAAAUUUGGUUUUUGCCAUCUUGUACUUUAUGAUAGACCACAAAAACUGGUGGUCAGGAUUUCCAUUUAAUCAUGCUGGUAUGAACUCUAUAUUGCUGUAUGUGGGUCAUGAAAUUACUCGGAAUAUGUUUCCUUGGAGCUGGAAGGCUAUUUAUGGUACUCAUGGAGAAUACCUUGCAAUGAAUUUAUGUGGAACCACCAUCUGGGUUGUUAUUGCUGUUAUCCUGUACCAAAAGAAAAUAUUUUUCAGUAUCUAAUGGCAAAAACCCAAAGUAGACCUUCUUUGUGUGAUACAGUAGUUUCUAAAAAUUUGUGUAGCUACUCCUAGUAUCUUGACCAACCUGUUUGUUUUUAUUGAUAGACUUGCUGAACUGAAAUAAUUAGACUGUCCUACGUAAGCCUGUCUUAAAAUUAAUGUUACCAUUUUAAUUUCUAUUUUGGGUUCAAAUUGUAAAUUUGGAUUGUAAGUGUACCUUUAAGUGUUGGUAAAAUUAACUUCCUUUAUUUUGAUAUGUUAAGAAUUAUCUCUUUAUUUUUUAUUGUUUUUUUGUGAUAAGAGGUUCUUACCUCUUGAUGUUGUACAAAUUCUGUAAUUUGUUUUGACAGUUCAUUGUUUCAGCUUUAACUAGAGGGCCCAAUUAGUCAUUGAACAACAAAUAAGCUCAGUGUAGCUUUGGCUGGGAUAAAUUCAUUUCUACUGUAGCUGCAAGGACAAAACUUUUGCUUUUCUUACUGAUAAGUGUUCUGUUUCUGGUUUCAUCUCUACUUACAUUACUAAGCGUACUGACUUACUUAAAUUAUUGUAAUAGUCUUAGUGCUAUGUUAAGUUUUGAGGGAAGUACCCUGUGUAACACAUGUGAUAUUGUUUUUUGUAAGCAGGAUGUAUGCCCUUUUUAGUAUCUUAGUUUAAUAUCCUCCUUUUUAUCUAAUUACAAUAUUUUGUAAUGUUUUGAGCAAUUUUAUACAUUAAAUAAAUUGUACCACAGACAAACAGA